AUGGCCUGGGGCCGGAUGAUGCGUAGCGCUGCGCUUUUACUGGCGAUAGCAGGCUUUCUGCCCUCCUCUGCGCAAGCGGGGCCAUCGCCCCUGCCAGGGCACUCAAUUUCGAACCCUCCAGAUAUCAACCAUCUGGCAAAGAUGUGGCACUUGUCAGGGACGACCAUGCCCAGCCACAGAAGUCUCAUCCUGACGCCAGGGGUUGCUGAUCGCGUAGGCACCAUUUUCAGCAAAUUGCCGUUGAAGACCAAUGACUUCUCGGCAGAGUUUACUUUCUCCGCCAAGCCGGGAGUAGCAGGCUUUGAGCACGAUGGCUUCGCCUUCUGGUAUACUGAGGAGAACGCAUCUGAGGUCGUGAUUGAUGCAAGCAUGAAGCAUUCGCACAACCAAGAUGAGUUGAUUGCGGGCACAUGGUACACACCAUAUGUCAAGCAGAUGGGGCUUGGCAUCUUUGGAUAUAGGACGCAGUAUAAAGGAGUUGGGGUUUUCUUUGGCAGGGAUGAAGUCGGCAAGAGCUCAGUGAGUGCAAGCUACGGUGAUUCUGGCUCAUCCUUCGUUAAGGCUGACGCAGAAUUGCAGCUCGAUUUCCAGAACGGGGAGGACUACCUGGUUCAAAUCAGAGUGAAGCCUAAUGAGGUUGUGAUCACAGUGGAGAACAAAGGCGAGAAGAAAGGCACUAUCACUCUCAACGCGAAUGUAAAGGCAGGAGGCUUCGUUGGCUUCUCCUGCUAUGGUGGUUCCAAAGACACCUACUACCCUGCACGGGAGAGAAGUGCAUUUGUGGAAUUGAAAGGCCUCAAAGUCCUGAACUAUGCAGACGGGCAAGGUGAGGAUUCCAUGGCAAGUGUCCCCGAUGUGAAAGCCCCAACCGGGGACAAAGAAGACGUUCUUGGUGCCCACUCCAGCUUCAGAGAUCAUCGAGCUGAGUCUGAGGCCAUAAAGGAGCUCACAAACAUGGUUUUCAAGCUCGUCAUCGAAUCAAAGCCUCAACGGGAACAGAUGAAGGCAGCGAUUCAGGCACUUAGCAAGCGCGUUGCCGCUGUGGAAGCGAGCUUUCAAAGCGUGAAGGCAGAGAUCGACAAGAAGACAGGGCACAAUCUAGGCGAGGAGUUUGAGGCCAUAAAGAAGGAGCUUGCAGACAUACAUGCUGCGGCGCACAGGGAUACGGACGCUCGGGGCAAAAAGCUUGCAGAUUUGCACAUCGAUAUUGAGAAUGUUCACAAAUCUGCAGCCGGUGGCGACAUUAGUGGCCACCUGGAUUCCCUGAGCCGAUCAAACGAGAAGAUGCUCGACCAGCUUGCGAGUCAGCACAAGAGGAUGUUUGGCGUCUCCAUCUUUGCGAUUGCGUUCAUCAUAGUCGCAGGUCUUUCAUUGUACAACAAGUUCCGGUGUUGGGAAAAGAAGCAUGUUCUGUGA